AUGUCAGACUGUUUGCAAACCGACUGGAUGUGCAAGAAUACGGAAGAAAGAACUGGAGAUCGACCAAAUUUUAAACAGUAUCUAUCUAUCUAUCUAUUUUCUAUCUAUCUAUCUAUCUAUCUAUCUAUUUUUCUAUCUAUCUAUCUUUGCCUUAUUACUAUCAUAUCUAUCUAUCUAUCUAUCUAUCUAUCUAUCUAUCUAUCUAUUACAGUGUGUCCAUUGAGUCUCGUGCCGCAUGAAGCCUACACAGAACGCCUCCACUCUGAUUUGGCCGCUGGUGUGGCUCGGGCGUCACUACAGCUUGUUGCUUUCGUCCCCUUCGUAGUUCUUCGCUAUGACGUUCUUCGCCUUUCUCUUUUCUUUUUACCCAGGGGUCCCAGUACAUCUAUCUAUCUAUCUAUCUAUCUAUCUAUCUAUGUCAGUCUCUUCUUUAUCUAUCUAUCUAUCUAUCUAUCUAUCUAUCUAUCUAUCUAUCUAUCUAUCUAUUUUAUGAUGAUUUGA